AUGGACGCCAAAUCGAAAGAUGACUCCAAUAUCAGCCUUACACUUCGGCUAAUAAUGCAAGGAAAGGAAGUUGGUAGUAUAAUAGGGAAAAAAGGAGAGAUUGUCAAACGGUUCAGAGAAGAGUCUGGUGCCAAAAUAAAUAUAUCUGAUGGCUCUUGUCCUGAAAGAAUAGUGACCAUAUCAGGAUCUACUGAAGCCAUUUACAAAGCAUUUUCUUUAAUAUGCACAAAAGUUGAAGAGUUUAUUGAAAUGCAAAAUGGAAAAACUGGAGCAACAGCGAUCGGAAAAUGUGGUAUGACCCUUCGGUUGAUUGUUCCAGCAUCACAGUGUGGAUCUUUAAUUGGGAAGGGUGGUAAUAAAAUCAAAGAAAUUAGAGAAGCUACCGGAGCACAGAUACAAGUGGCUUCUGAUGUGCUUCCUCAAUCUACAGAAAGAGCAGUAACAUUAACUGGUACGAGGGACUCAAUAACGCAGUGUAUAUUUCACAUUUGUGCAGUUAUGGUGGAAUCACCUCCUAAAGGAGUAACAAUACCUUAUCGUGCUAAACCUCAGAUGGGUGCACCAGUUAUAUUGGCUGGAGGACAAGCAUUUACUCUAGCAAGUGCAGGAUCCGCAGGUGGUUGUGAUGUAGGCACCAUGAUGGUAGGUGGUGGCCCAUAUAAUGCUCCAAUGCUUAUGGUUCCUCCAUCGCCUGGUGCAGCAGCAAGUCUAGGCUUAAUUGAUCCACUGGACUAUCCUCUGCUUAAAAACGCAUUCGGACCAUCACAAUUGGGAAAAUUGACUGGAAAUCCGUUAGCUGGUCUUGCGGCACUUGGACUUGGAAGUUUGGGAGGACCUGCGAAUUCAUUUAAUCCAGCAGCAUUGGCGGCAUUAGCUGGCAGCCAGUUGAGAUCUAAUGGUUCUGGAGCCAAUAUUAACAAUAGAUCUGGAGGCGGUCAACAAACACAUGAAAUGACUGUACCAAAUGACUUAAUUGGCUGUAUCAUUGGCAAGGGAGGAACUAAAAUCGCUGAAAUUAGGCAAAUAAGUGGAGCAAUGAUACGGAUCUCAAAUUGUGAAGACCGUGAAGGAAGUGCAAGCACGGAUAGGACCAUAACGAUAACUGGAAAUCCUGACUCAGUGGCUUUAGCUCAGUACUUAAUCAAUAUGAGUAGCGUGCACUUGAAAGCUGUCAAGAAUUAUAAAGUUGUUAAAUAUCAGCAGUUUUCAGCUGACCCAGAAUAUAUAGAUGUGGAAUACAGAGCCCGGCUUUAA